CAUAAGACAAAAUAUAUAUAGCUAGGGUGAUAAAAAAAAUAUGUUUCAGGUUUUAACUGUAAACUAUAUAUAUAGAGAGAGAGCAAAAAUAAUAACAAAAGAAAGGAGAAUAAAAAAGAGAAACACACUCCCCGAUAAAUAUAAAAUUAAGCUUUUUUUUUUUCUUUAUUCUUUUAUGAAGAGGAAGUAUAAAGAAGGUGGUGGCGUGGUCUAGCCUGGGUUUUCUAGUAAAAGCUCAAAUCAAGCUCUGAAAAACUCUUCUUUCUAAAACUUCACUAUCUGCUACUUCCAUUUCAGGUACUAUACUACUGUUGUUGUGAGAGCCUAAAAACUUGCACAAGAGGGGAAGAGGUACCAAAAAACCAAGCGUUUAUUAUUCUGAAAAAUAUACCUACAGAGGGUUAGAAAACUAGGAUAGUUUGUGUGGUGUUGGGAAAGAAAGAAAGGGAAAAACAAAGGUUUGUGAAAAGAACUAGUGUGAAGUUUCACAACAAAGGGGGGGGAGAGGAGAAAAUAAUAAUAAAGGAAAGUAAGAAAUAGAAGCCAAGUUUAUUAAGUGGGUACUUGUUUGUUUGACAAGAAAGUUAGUGGGUGGGGGUUAGGGGGUGGGUUUUGGCCGAGUGAUGCGCUCAGGAGUUUGUGCACUACAACAGACACUAACAGCGGAGGCUGCUUCAGUAUUGAAGCACUCUCUGGGGUUAGCCAAGAGGAGAGGCCAUGCUCAGGUCACUCCUCUUCAUGUGGCUGCCACUUUGCUCACCUCUAGAGCUAGUCUCUUGAGGAGGGCUUGUCUCAAAUCUCAUCAUCAUAACAGUCAAACCAAUAUUCAUAACUAUCACCAUCAUCAGCAGCAGCAGCAGCCUCUUCAAUGCAGAGCUCUUGAGCUUUGCUUCAACGUGGCACUUAACCGACUUCCUACCACAGGAGGUCCUCUCCUCCAUUCUCACCACCAGCCCUCUCUCUCCAACGCCCUCAUAGCCGCUCUCAAACGAGCUCAAGCUCACCAGAGACGUGGCUCCAUCGAACAGCAGCAACACCAUCAGCAAGCUCAACCACUCUUAACAAUCAAAGUUGAGCUUGAACAGCUCAUCAUCUCCAUCUUGGAUGAUCCCAGCGUUAGCCGGGUUAUGAGAGAAGCCGGCUUCUCUAGUACAGCAGUCAAGAACAAUCUGGAGGAAGACUCUUCAACUUCCAUUAACACCUCCGUUUUCCUCAGUUCUUCAUCUAGCUUUUUGCUACCAAAUUUCUGGCAUAAUCAUUUGUUGCCUUACUCUUCUGACCAAAACCCGCUUCUGUUUUCACAACCGAAAGGCAGCGAAGAGGGAAGAAAUUAUACCAAGUUUAAGGAGGAUAUCAUGGUUGUGUUUGAUGUCCUCUUGAGGAAGAAAAGAAAGAACACGGUGAUAGUUGGUGACUCAGUGUCUGUAACGGAAGGACUAGUUUGCGAAUUGAUGGGAAGGUUAGAGAGAGGUGAGGUUCCAGAGGAGCUUAGGAGAACCCAUUUCGUUAAGUUUCAAUUCUCCCCGAUUUCUUUCAAGUUCAUGAAAAGAGAAGACGUGGAGAGGAAGCUUUUGGAGCUGAAGAGAAAAGUGGAGUGUCUUGUGUCCGGAGGAGAAGGAGUUAUUAUAUAUACUGGAGACUUAAAGUGGACGAUUGUUGAGGACCAUGAUCAUGAUCAUCAUCAGAGAUCAGACGGUCGAGGAGGAUUAGUGUCCAGUAGUAUUUAUAAUCCAGCUGAUCAUAUAGUUUCAGAGAUUUCAAGCUUAUUUCUGUCCAAGCCGAAGGUGUGGAUAGUGGCUACGGCGAGUAUUCAGACGUACAUGAAGUGUCAAAUGAGAGAAACUCCGCUUGAGACUCAAUGGGCUCUUCAAGCUGUUAAUGUUCCAUCUGGAGGACUCGGUUUGAGUAUACAUGCAGCUGCUCCUACCAGUGUCCAUGGCUCAAGGAUAAUGUUCUCUCGGAGCCCAGAAACCAAGCCAAUAUUACAAGACCACAAACUCAAUUGCUGCCCCGAAUGUGCUUCACAUUGUGAAAAAGAAGCUCAGUUGCUCAAAUCAGGCCACCAGAAAUUGCCUGCUUGGCUGCAACCACAAUGUGGGACCCCAUUCCCUCAAAAGGAUGAAUUGGUCGAGUUGAGGAGAAAAUGGAGCAGAUUAUGCCACAGUCUACACCAAGGAAAGAAUAAUAAUCAAAUUCAAUGUUUAAGCUCCACAGUGCAAAGUAAUUACAACAAUAAUAAUCAAAUUAGCUUAUUUGGAAAUAAGAGUAACAGUUAUCAUGACUCUUACUCUUAUACUUCAUCCUACCCUUGGUGGCCACCCCAGAACAACAUCUUCCAAGACUCAAACUCAAUCUCCUUUGCCGAUCCACCGGCUUCAGAGCACAGCCCUGGUUUAGCAGUAGGGCGUUUCAGGCGACAACAUUCUUGUACAAUUGAGUUCAAUUUUGGUGGUGAUGAAGAAACCGAAAAGCAGCGAAAACAUAACAGUCAUCAAGAAGUUGAACCAAGCUUGGAUUCACUGAGAUGUGGUAGCCAAGGUAAAGAGGUUAAAAUCACCCUUGCUCUUGGCAUUUCCACCUUAUCUGAUUCUGGCAAAGUGGGAGACCGGAAAAUGGAAAGAAGUAGUUGGGAGAGAACUGAAAUGUGUAAAAUACUGAAAGAGAAUGUGCCUUGGCAAUCAGAAAUCAUUCCUUCGGUAGUAGAAGCAAUGAUGGUUUCAGAAUCGACCAAGGAGCCGGAGACUUGUUGGUUGUUGUUUCCGGGGAAUGACUCCAUUGGAAAGAAAAGAUUGGCUCGGGCCGUUGCAGAAUUGGUUCUUGGUUCUUCUGAUUUGCUUCUCCACUUGAACAAUGACCAAACGAAUGGGAAUGUGAUGAACCCGGAAUCCGAUCAAUUAGUCCUUUCCAUGGCCAUUAAAACUCACAAGAAACUCGUGGUGUUUGUGGAAGAUAUCGAUUCGGCAGAUUCCCAGUUGAUGAAAUUCCUAGCAGAAGGUUUCGAGACUGGAAAAUUUAGUGAAGCAAAAUUCAUUCAUGCAAUUUUCAUUCUUAGUAAAAGAGACACAUCAACAGUUCAUGAAAAUGAAGGCAAGGGUUCAUCAGUAAUCCAGAUGACAUUGAAUGUCACAGAAACGACAUUGUCAGGAGAAACCUGUUUUAACACGCUCGAAUUCGAUCAUCGCAAACGAAAAGCCAUCGAAUGGGACCUCCCGAACAAGGAGAUUGUCACAAAGAAUCAACGAACUGAAAAGAAAGAGAAUCAACUUUCGAGGCAAUCAAGCUUCAACACUGAUCUGGACCUGAACGUCAAGGCAGAUGAGGACGAGGGCGGAAGCGAUUUGACUCGAGAAAUGGCGGCAAGUACCGAGUUGAUCAGAAACCCGAUGGGAUUCAUGGAAUCCAUGGAGAAUGUGUUCGUCUUCAAUCGAAGCCCAGCCAGAGAUCGAGAGAUGAAGGAGCUUUUCCAGUGGAAGAUGGAAGAGAGCUUCAGCGAGAUUUGUGGGAAGGAAAAUGUGGUAAUGGUGAGGAAGAGUAGGUUUAGUGUAGAAGAGAGAGUGUUAGAAGAGGUUUGUUAUGGGUCUGGUUGUUUUACUAAUUGUUUGUUUGAGAAAUGGGUUGUGGAUGUUUUUCAAACAGCUUUGAAAACAGUUAGAUUUAGUGGGAAAGGAAAGGAUUGUGGUAGUGAUAGUGGUAGUGGUAGCGGUGGUGGUGGUGGUGGUGUUGGUGGGGUUGUAAGGCUUUGUUUGGGUGGCAAAGAAGAAGGUAUUUUGGAGGAUGGGUUUAUGGGUUCUUGUCUUCCAACCAAAAUCCAAGUUUCUUACAAGGACUAAGAAUGUGGCCAACCCAAUAAGCAUCCUGCGUGCACCGCUUAAAAAUUGGCCACAUUUAGUUCGUCCUUGUGUAACUCUCUCUCUCUCUCUCUUCUAGUUUUCUUAAUAGGAUAUGGGGUUUUUCUUUUU